UUUCCCUACCCUCUUUUCUUUCUCAAAAGGUGUCCUGGAUACAUAGAACUACAAAAUCUAACACGUGUCUCAGAAUUCUUCCUCGCGGGCCUCUCAGAUGAUCUGGAACUGCAGCCUUUCCUCUUCGGGCUCUUCUUGUCCCUGUACCUGGUCACUGUGUUGGGGAACCUGCUCAUCAUCCUGACUGUCAGCUCUGACUCCCACCUCCACACCCCCAUGUACUUCUUCCUCGCCAACCUUUCUUUGGCUGACAUGUGUUUCACCUCCACCAGCGUCCCAAAGAUGAUUGUGGACAUCCAGACUCAAAGCAGAGCCAUCUCCUAUUUUGGCUGCCUGACACAGAUGUCAUUUUAUAUGCUUUUUGGAUGUUUGGAUAGUCUCCUCCUGACUGCGAUGGCCUAUGACCGGUUUGUGGCCAUCUGUCACCCUCUGCACUACUCAGUCAUCAUGAGCCCUCGCCUCUGCUGCUUCUUUGUCUUGGUGUCAUUUUUCAUCAGCCUUUUGGACUCCCAGCUGUACUAUUGGAUUGUGGAACAACUUACCUGCUUCAAGGAUAUAAACAUUUCUAAUUUUUUCUGUAAUCCUUCUCAACUCUUUCAUCUUGCCUGUUGUGACAGCUUCACCAAUAACAUAGUCAUGUAUUUUGCUGGUGUCAUCUUUGGUGGUGUUCCACUCUCUGGGAUCCUUUUCUCUUACUAUAAAAUUGUUUCCUCCAUUCUGAGAGUUCCAUCAACAGGUGGGAAGUAUAAAGCCUUCUCCACCUGUGGUUCUCACCUGUCAGUUGUCUGCUUAUUUUAUGGAACAGCCAUUGGAGUUUACUUUGGGUCAGUGUUGUUCCCUUCCCCCAGGAAGGAUGUGGUGGCCUCAGUCAUGUAUACCGUAGUCGUCCCCAUGCUGAACCCAUUCAUUUACAGUCUGAGGAACAGGGACAUUAAGUGUGCCCUAUGGAGGCUCUACAGCAGAGGGGUCUCAUCUUAGUAUCUGUGGAAUCCUUUCUGCAGUGUAGCUGGAAAAACUAGUGAAACCAAACUUGGAGACCUGUGA